UUUUUUUCCCUUCAUUUUCAAUACUUAAACCAGUUUUGCGGUUAUAAAUAGCUUGUUACUUCAUCAGUUGAUAGAUUCUAAUCUCCUCCAACAUGGUGUUUACAUCCAGACUGAAUGGGAGGGCUGUGGGGCAGAAACUUUCCCGUCUUUCUCUCUCGGUGUUUUCUUGUUGCCAUGCGUGGAGCAAACAAAGCUGCGCCUCCUCUCAGCGUUUUCAUCCAUGCUUACGUCUGGGACCUCAGUUCCGCAUUCCUGCGCCUCCGGCUCAUAUAACCGGGCUGAUGCAACUGCCUCCGCUCAGUCCCAGAACCGACCGACUCCCGCCCGCAGCCCCGUCCCGUCCCGCGCCCGUCUCUAUGUGGAUUUUGGACGCCCCAGCAGCGUCGAAACAAAAUUCUGCAUUGACAGAGAGUGACUGACAACUUUUCUCUGAAUUGGUGGCGGCAGCCGGGUCGGACAUGAUGCCGGGACAAAUUCCUGACCCCUCGCUGGCGGCGGUCCCCCUACCCAGCCUGGGCACCCUGGCGGGCCUCUCAGCCACCACGCUCAGCGAUCAGCUGAAGCUGGCAGACUUCCACCAGCUGGGGACCAUGCUGUCCCCGCUGCACUUCCUGGGGAGGCUGGGGAAGAGGCCGCUCGCCAUCAAGACGGAGAUGGAUGAAGAUGAAGAAAGGAGGAAACGAAGACGAGAGAAAAACAAAGUAGCGGCGGCGCGAUGUCGAAACAAAAAGAAGGAACGCACCGACUUCCUUCAAAGGGAAUCGGAGCGCCUGGAGAUGGUGAACUCGGACCUGAAGGCCCAGAUCGAGGAGCUCCGUCUGGAGAAGCAGCAGCUGAUGGUGAUGCUCAACCUCCACCGGCCCACCUGCAUCGUGAGGACGGACAGCGUGAAAACGCCAGAGAGCGAGGCCAACCCCCUGCUGGAGCAGCUGUCCGAGGAGACCAACUGAACGGAGGAGACUCGAGCCUCCGAGGCCGCAAACAAACUGUUCUGAUAAUGCACUUGAGCUGGACAUUUUUGCCCAAAGAUCUGAACUUGGAGGGGUUUUCUCAGCACUGCUGCAGGAGCUGGCUCUGGAAUCUCUCAUCAGGUUGACGUUAACACCUGCUGUGCCUGGUUGUUACUUCAACCAUCAAAGGGACCAAAAAAAAAAAAGCAGCGGAGCGCCCCCUCCAGGAAGCACACUAAAAGCUCUGUUCCACUCCAGCAGACUGUGGCGCGUUUUCCCACGUUUGGAGCUGAAGAAGAGCUUCAUCACAGACACGGGAGUCUUUGUUUUUGGAGUUACUCGGCCUGGACCGUGGCAGUUUACCGGUUGAUCCGAUUCGAGGUGACGCUGGCGUCAUAGAAAGCACAUAUUCAGAAUGUUUACACUCUAAUGUUUGGACGUCAUUAUUGUACUUUAUUUUAUACUGCUUUGUAUAUGAACGGAAUGCCUGUUAAUCACUUGAUGUGAUUUGUCUCUUUUCUCUUUUGCGCUCUGCCGUCAAAGCAGUAUUUCAUUGUUCCGCAUCCGUAUCUUUGUACAGUCUCAUAUCAUGAAUAGAAUAAAUUUUAUUUUCUGACCGA